CUAACUAAACUCGAUACCUGUGUGGAAUACUUGACAUAUCUUCCACAACCAACUCAGCAUAUGAAACCGGCAGAUUUCCUCGUCUCAUGCAAGUGUGGAGGUGCUGAUCGGUGCAUGUAUUACAUAAACAGGUUUAACACUAUCAACUUUACCAACUGAGAAAAUUACACUUCAGGAUAAGAUGGACAGUAAGAAAGCAGAUGAAGAUUUAGACGAGUCUGAGGAAGAUGGGAUUGACUUUGAGGAAGAUGAGAAUGAUUCAGCAUUGGACUCAUCAACGGGCUAUGCAACAUCUGACAAACUGUAUGAAAACGUGCAGAACGUAGAGGAAACCAGUUUAACUGCAUCAAUAGACUUACAAGAGGAAUUGCGCAUCAUGUUACUGGGGGCGAGGGGGUCUGGAAAAAGCUCAACUGGAAACACCAUCCUCAGGUACAGUGCUUUUAAAUCAGACAUGCAACUGAGCAGAGUCACCCAGUUCUGUGAAAGAGCAUCUGGAAACAUCAGCGGCCGGCCCGUGGCCAUAAUCGACACGCCGGGACUGAACAGGAUAGGCCACACAGAGAAGGGAGUGACCCGAGAGAUCCUGAAGUCCACCUCUCUCUAUACUCCAGGACCACACGUGUUUCUGCUGGUUAUGCCUGUUGGGAACUUAAGUAAUGAUGACAAAAGCAUGCAUAAGCUGAUUGAGGGCAUGUUUGGGGAGAGCAUAUGGACUUACACCAUCAUUGUGUUCACUCACGGCGAUCGUCUGGAGGGGAAGACGGCGAAUGAUGUUAUCGCAUGCUCGGACAAGGACUUACGCAGUUUCAUCCAUAAGUGCAGCGGUGGGUUUCUGUUUUUCAAUAACAAGGAGACGACAAACUAUGAGCCCGUGACAGAACUCCUAAAAAAAGUCGAGACCCUUGUGGCCAUCAAUGGAAAGAGCUGCUACACAACGUCUUUCUACCCCGCCUCUGAGAGAAAAAUCAAGAAGAAAAUGGAGAAAGUUUUAGAGCGGAGAAAAGACCAGAUUGCACAGAAAGAGAGAGAGCUGAUGAUACACAGCAAAACUGAGCAGGAGGUGGAGAGAAAAAAGCAGGAACUCUGGAGAAUGGAAGAAAAUGAUGCAAGAAAAAUGGCUGAGAAUCCAGCCAAACAAAAAAUCUCAAUCAAACUAGCCAAACGUCACCCAGACCGAAAAUCUUCCAUUUAGAAACUUGUCCAAAUAUUUGACAAUGCUUGUGUUUUAUCGAUAUUUGUCCGGCUUGCACAGUAAGAUAGAAAUGGACAGGGCAAAUUCUUCUAAUGUAUUUUUUGUUCGACUGAGUAAAAUUAUGUUUUUUUUAAAUAAAACUUGCCCAUAUUCAA